AUGGAGAAGUUGUACACAUUGCUUAAAAAUGCAAGGGAAAUGAGGAAAAACAUGAUCAGCUCCAUGGAGAAGAAGAGGCAGGAAGAAGAAAGAGCGAGGGUUCGUAGAUUCCCUUCGUUUCAACCCGAGGAUUUCAUUUUCAUGCAUGAAGCAGAGACCAACAACAAUGAAAAUGCAGCUGAUGCAAGCUCUUCCGCAUCCAACAAGUAUGCCUCUAAGGAAAAGCAAGAGAAAUCUGAGACUAACAUCUGUUUUAGACUUGAAUCUUUCCCUGUAGUGACAGAGGACUAUUUUAUCCUUGUAUAA